UUUGACGCUGCCUCCUCCUCUCGCGGUAACGUUAGUAUCGGUUAGUGUACUGUUAGCUUACAAGCUAACCCCAUCGUUUCCAGGUUUCGUGUCGACCUGAAAACUGCAGACGAAGAGAGACACAGAACGGCUACGCAGCUGAAUACUUUUCAAAUUCGAGCUGCAAGACAAGCACGAGAAUGCCACACAACUUCCAGCCCGGAGACCUGGUCUUCGCUAAAAUGAAGGGGUACCCCCACUGGCCAGCCAGGAUUGAAGAUGUGGCUGAUGGGGCAGUGAAACCACCUCCCAAUAAAAUCCCCAUUUUCUUUUUUGGAACACAUGAAACUGCAUUCCUUGCUCCAAAGGACCUAUUUGCUUAUGAGAAAUACAGAGAACGCUAUGGGAAGCCCAACAAGAGGAAGGGAUUCAAUGAAGGUUUAUGGGAGAUUCAAAACAAUCCACAUGCCUCCUAUAGUGCCCCACCUGUGCCAGCCAGCUCAUCAGACAGUGAGGGAAACAAUGCAGGGGGAGGAAGUGAGGAGGAUGAGGAGGAGGAUGAAGAAGUCUCAGUGCCUCGGAAAGCUGACUCGGGGAGUGAGGUUGACUCUGACUCGGGAAGUGAAGACCAAGGCAGGGGAGGAGGAGGAGGAGUGAAACGGAAGCCCCCAGCACCUAAGAGGCCUCCUCCACCCAAAAAGGCCAGAGGUUCGUCUAGUGAUCGAGACGAAGAGGAGAGUGGAUCCCCUUCUGAAUCGGAGCCCACCCCGUCAGAGUCUGACUCGGGCAAAAACAGUGACCAGGAUUUUACUCCCGAGAAGAAAUCUGGUGGACGAGGUGGAAAGAAGGCAGGAGGAAGAGGGAAGAAAAAGAAGGCUUCAUCAGACUCGGAUUCAGAGUCAGGAUCAGGGUCAGAAAAGAAAGUGGUGGACAGCGACUCAGAGGAUGAAAAACCUCGACCGGCUCUGUCUGGCUCUGAAUCCCAGUCUGGCUCAAAGUCUGAAUCGGACUCAGAUCCACCUCCGCGUAAAGGACCACAGGCACGAAAGAAAGAGAAACCUGCUCCAAAGCCCCGUGCACGGAAGCCAAAACCUGCCCCAGCAAAACGAGCCCCUUCUUCGUCUUCUGACAGUGACAGUGACAGUGAACCCGACCGCAUCAGUGAAUGGAAGAAAAGAGAUGAAGAGCGCAGACGAGAGCUGGAGGAGCGCAGGAAAAAGGAGGAGGCAGAGGAGCUCCGGCGACUGCGAGAGAGGGAGAAGGAGGAAGAGGAGAAGAAGAAAAAGGACAAAGAUAAGGCUAAAAAAGGGAGCGACAGUAACAGCAGCAGUAGCUCAGAUGAGGGUGUCGAUGAUCACCCACUGAAGAAAUCCAAGAAGCCUCCUCCACCCCCAAUCCCUGCCCCCUCCGAUUCCGAUUCUCCCUCACCAGCUGAGAUUAAGAAAUCACCGAAGAAACUAGACAACCAGAAGAAAGCAAGAAUAAAGAAAGAGAAGGAGAGAAAGGAACGAAAGGAGAAAGAGCUAAAAGAGAAGAAAGUCAAACGGUCAGAAGAGAAGAGCAGACCAAGGUCUAAGCCUGAAAAACCUAAACGCAAACCAGAGAGGCCCCCAGAGAAGAAAGUGGAAAAGAAAAAGGAGCCAUCACCAGAGGAAAGGCUACAGAAACUCCACACAGAUAUAAAGUUUGCACUCAAAGUGGACAACCCUGACAUAGAUCGGUGUUUACAAGCUUUGGAGGAGCUUGAGGCUGUUCCUGUCACCAGCCAGAUCCUCCAUAAGAAUGCUGAAGUCAUUGCCACGCUAAAAAAAAUACGGCGAUACAAAGCCAGCACCGCAGUGAUGGAAAAAGCUAGCGAUGUCUACAACAAGUUAAAACUUCGAUUUGUGGGCAAAGCUGAAGUGGCAGCUAAACCGAAAACGGAGAACAAGGAACCUGAAGAAAAUGAGCAAAUGCAAAACACAGAUUCCACUCCAGUGAAUGGAGAAUCAGAACAGAAAAAAGAGGAAGCUGAGGCAGAGGAACAGCCAAAAUCACCUGCCCGAGAGGAGAGCAAUGACCAUCCCACUGCAAGCCCAAACAGACGGAGCCCACACAGCCCUGCUGAACAACAGACACAUACACAUGAAGACGCAGACCACUCCAUUUCUGCAGAGACUGAACCACCUGCUGUAGAAAGCUGAGAGACCUUUUAACCACCACUCAAGUGGACCAAGUGCUAAAAGAUGGUGGCCUCUUUAUUUGACGUCAUACAGUGCUUCUGGCCCUUCAGCAUCACUACACACACCCAGCAUUUCUUCCAGUUAAUCUGUUACGCCAGUGUUGACGUUUUGGAUAUUUUGUACCCUGAUGAUUUUAAACCAGAGGGGCCCUGUUGUUCAAGCUGUUUUGGUCUCUUAUUUAACACAGUGAAAAAGGAAAGCUUCAUAGUGUGAUAGUUUAUGGCCCCGUGCGAUCCCUUUUGUUUCUGAAAUGUACUUUUUCUUUUGUUCUUUUAUACUACGCUCGACUUGUCCUGGAUCCUCACCCCCUGCUGCUUUGUUCUUUCUACCACAUGAACUCUUACUUGGGUCUUUCAUACUUUAUGUAUAUUGAAUGAAUACAUUUUUAGCACUUCUAACAGGAAAAUUAGGCUGGGGUUAGUAUGAGAUGAGACUUUAAUUAUUCUUGUGGGUAAACGGGGUAGAAAUGGAGCCAUGCUGUUAGCAUUUUGCUUUGAAAACUUCAGCCCUUCAUCACUUGGCUUCAUUUUUAUAAAGCCUAUAAAACAUCACAAAAGCCUCCUUAUCUGUAUGUAUGACAUUGUGUGAGUGAUAAAAUACUAUUUGUCAGUCUUUUAUGUUUUGUUGUUUUUUUUUUUAAUUAUCUGGUCUUUAUCCAGUUAAUUUACUCUGAAAUGUAAAGCCAUGAACAGAGUCACUUAAUUCUGUUUUCCAACUGAGGUCCACCUACUUUUUUUUAUAGCUUUGUUUGCAGAUAUUUGCAUCAACAGUUUUGUCUAAAAUAUUAAUUGCUGUGGAGUCACACACCUUUGCACUCAUGUCUGCACAGUGUCAGCUUUCAGUAACUUGCAUAAUAAAUGGAAAUAACUGUACAGAUCAGAAAAUGCCCUUAAAGCUAUCUCAGAUCUCAUGUAGCUGCAGCCUAUGUUGACAUCUUCCUGUCAUAAGCAUACAACAGGUAUUUUUAGUGCUAUGUAAAUUGAUAAAGCAUUUCUAUCACUUAGUUGAGAAUUGAAUAAAAAUCUCAGCAUGGUUUUGA